AUGUCCUCGUAUGGCUUAGUAACUCAUUUCUUAUUAGCACUGAAGAAUAUUGCAUUGUUUGGAGAGCUGGAAGAAGAGGGAGAAGAGGCUUCAGAGCUGGAAGAAGAGGGAGAAGAGGCUUCAGAGUUGGAUGAGGAAGAAGAGGCUUCAGGCCUGGAGGAGGAGGAAGAAGAGACUUCAGGGCUGGAGGAGGAGGGAGAAGAAGAGGCUUCAGUAUUACGUGAGAAACAGGAUUCAAUCUUUCAGCGUCAUUCUGAGGUAAAUACACAAUGUGGAGUUGAAGAAAAAAAUAAUGGUUUGGAGAUUGUUUUAAUUAAAGAGGUAGAAGAUUCUGAGCCAGAGGAAGAAAAAGGUUCAGAGUGGGAAAUGGAAGUAGUUUUAUCGUGGGAGGAAGGAGAGGACUCUGAGGUAGAAAAUGUAAAGACUGCCUCCCAGAUUGAGAAAAAAGAGGCCUCAGAUGGACUUAAAGAAAUUGCCUAUGAUUAUUUGGCUCAGGACUUUGAGAAGAAAAAAUUGGUGAAACAGCAGAUGGUACAAAAAACCCAGGAUAAAAAGGAAACAGCUAUGCCCAGAAACCAAGGAGUUGGGACAGUCUGUCCAACCUUGCGUUUGGCCUCUCCCUCAAAAUCACUAGAGAUAAGUUCUGAUAAGCAGAAAAGGCAUUUAAGUACAAAUUCGAGUACUCCAUCAGGAAUCACCAAAUUUUUAAGGAAGACUGAGAAAGAGCGACACAAAACUCUGCUAACAGAUGUGCAAACAUCUAAAGAAACAGACUUAAUACAAGAAACUGAAGAAAACUUUAGAAGAAAUGUAAUUAACAACUUUAGAGAGCUACAGGAGGAGGUUGCAAAUCUUAAAAAUUACCUUCCAGAGGUCUUCGGAAUAAAAAACUCAAUAGAUGUUCUGAAUAGCAGAAUAGACACACUUGAAGAGAGAAUGGACAAUCUGGAAGACCGAAUUGAAGAAUUCUCUAAGGAUACAAUGCAAAUGGCCAAACAGAUAAUAAAUAAAGAAAGGUCAAGAGACAUAGAGGAUAGAUCCAGAAGUUCCAACAUCCGUUUGAUAGGAAUUCCAGAAAAAGAUAAUAAAGAGAAUGGAGCAGAGGAAAUAAUUAAGGAAAUCAUUGAAGAAAACUUUCCAGAGCUAAAGGAUUCAAGUCUUGAGGUGGUCAGUGCUUACCGAAUACCUAGUAAGAUUGAUGAGAAGAGACUCACUCCUAGACACAUCUUGGUGAAAUUUGGGAAUUCCAGUGAUAAAGAAAAAAUCCUAAAGGCUUCCAGAAAAAGAGAAAUAACCUACAGAGGAACAAGAAUCAGAAUGACCGCAGACUUAUCGUUAGAUACUCUAGAUGCUAGAAGUCAGUGGAGCAAUGUCAUAAAAGUUCUGCAGGCAAAAGGCUUUACACCUAGAAUCCUAUACCCAGCCAAAUUGGCAUUUGAUUUUGAAGGUAAAACAAAGACAUUUUUUGAUAUUGAAGAGUUCACAAAGUUUGUUUCUUGCAUACCCUCUUUGAAAGAAUUACUGGAGGAUAUACUUUAGCAAUCUAGGGUGACUAUAAACACGUACACACAAUAUAUAUUACCUUCCUCCCACAGCAAGAGUCAAAAAGGAAAACGAAAUUAAAAUGCCACAUUUCUAUCCAGGAAGAUGGACUGUGAACAGUAUACUUGGGGAGUAGGGGAAAGGAAGGUUACAGAUACUACUUAGAUGUUGGUGAAGUUAAAGGGUGUGUGUUAAAAUUAGUGUUAAUCAUGGUAGCUUGUGCAAGAGUAGGCUUUCUAAACUAUUGGGGAGAGGGAGGGAAUCUGUCAAUGUAACCAUGGGGAGAGGUGGGGUGAAAGUAAUAGAAAAACAGGAAAAAAAGAUGGCAGGAUAAGUUAAAUAGGGAAAAUAUGCAAAAGUUGAACUUUUGUCACAAGAAGGUACUCAGUUUUAGAUCAUUUAUCAUGAUGUGAAUCUUGAAUCUUUAUAUUAAACCUUUUUCCUUUGAA